AUGAGCCUCGUUCACGCACCGACACCCACCCGACCGGCCCGGACUCCUUUGUUCGCCAGGACCAACACGCCCCGCUUCCCAAAGGUCAACUUCAAGCUACCGGUCCUGAAGAAGAGCGCGCCGACGGUCUCGGUCACUAACGCGAACGUCGCACGAACAAACACCUCCAGCCCUCUGUCCGUGAUCCCUCUAGCUGAGGUUCCUGCUGCUUCACCGAGCUCUGUUCCGUUUCCUUCUUCCCCCAUCCCCUGUCCCUCACCGCGCAAGAGGUCUACCAGCGAGAAUGGCUUCUACUCCAGCGGCGAAGAGCCCCAACUACUGGCCUUCCCAGGGAAGGACUCGAUGGAACCACAGUCCGCCCGCGCCGUCUCCCACACUGACAUCAUCCGCAACCGGUCCAAGUCUUGCCUUGCCGCAUCCUUCUUCCAUCGAGACGCGAACCUCGCGCGCAAGACGCCGGCACAAACCGACAAAGCUGCGACUCCCGCGCAGCCGGCCAAACGUGCAGCCACCCGGCGGGAGAGCAUGAGCGCAGGCACCCCGACGGGGAAGAGUACCCGCAAGGCGAAGCGUGCCCUCGCGGACGCGCAGCUCCUCGCGUCUGUGCACGGUACCCUCGCGUCGCUUGUCCAGACGCGCAUGAACGCCGACGGUGUCCGCGACGAAUGCACGGCGCAGGAUGCGCUCCUUGUCGAGCGGAUUUGGAACACUCUGGUCGACAUGGGGUAUCGCCCAAUUCCUAUCGAGACAAGCUCUGCGGCGCCAUCUGCCUCUUCUUCCCCUCCCGCCGCUCCCGAUCCUGCGCGCGAGGCCGCGGAGCGCGCGGCGCGUCGGACCAUGACUGCCUCGUCGACGCCGAUAUCGCUGGACCGUGCCCAAGCUGUUUCUAUCAUGCCUGCCGGAGAGCUCGCUGUGCCCCAACUAGUCGCAGUCUUGACUAUGCGCCACCGCGACCGUUCAACGACCCGUCCGCGAGCCGCCGGCAAGAAACGCGCGGACGCAUCUCCGUCGCGCUCCCCUCUUUCCACCACUUCGUUCCCCGUCUCCCUCGACAAUUACGUCCCUCCGUCAUCAGGAUGACAACCCCUUGUGAAUAUAUCGGUUGAGUCUGAUAUGCCCUUCGUUCAUGACAUGGUGCGUAGACGUUGAAGCGCCGCCUUAUGACGAUAUGACCUACACUCAUUACCAUGCGUAAUCGUUAAUCCCCAUCUCACGCCAUCUACGCAUUUUCGGUCUCAGUCCCCGCAUCCCAGCAUCAACCUCAACCAUCCCUAUCAUC